AUGAAUGAUGAAAUAGAGUUACAAAACCUUGAAACUGAUAAUUUUAAGGAAACUGAUUCUGAAGUAUACCAUGAAAUUAGUCAAGAAGUUAUAGAAGAAAAAACUUAUCCAAACAAAACGCUGGCACCGGUUACGGAACAUGACUUUUUCACACAAUAUGAUACUAAAAAAGUACAAAAAACAGCAAAAAAGAAAAAAGGGAAGAAGAAAGGGAAAUCUAAAGAUCUAAUGGAUGUUAUAAAUUCUGAAAUUGCUACAAAACCUCUCCUUAUUGAAAAUAAUAUUACGACUUUGGAUUAUAAUAGCAAAGUAGACAAAUAUUUAAAAAAGGUUCCAAGUACACAAAGAAUAUUGCAUAGAAGAUCUACAAACAUAGAUGCCGAGCAUGGUUUUCACAUAAAAUGUACUGCAAAUAUCAGUCCAAUAUUUCCUCGAGUACUAGAAAAUUCUGACACUAAAGAAACUAAUAUACAUGUCCAAUAUAUGAAGCCUUCGUUAUUUAACGAAAUUGUUUCUGAAUAUCUAGAAAAUGAUGGAAAUAAAACCCCACGAUUUUUUGACGUCAUUUUACGAAAUAUACAAUUUAAACAUCAUCAUGAAUUCUCAUUAGAAGAAUUACUUUCCGUAAAGUUAAUUGAAGUUUACGAAGAAUAUCAGUUUGUCAAAAAAACCUUAAUAGAUUUAUCUAAGAAUGUUGAGAUUAAUAGAAGAACAAGAAAUAAUUUGAAAGAACAAUUGUUUAAAAUUAGCCCAAAUAGAAAAGACGAUAUAAGAUUUGAUAGCAGCAUAUUAAAAUAUACAAAUUUGAUGUUUAAUUUUAAAGAAAAAUAUUUUAAAAUGUUAAAAAUAGAAAAAGAACUAGCCAAUAAAUUAAUAUCAUUAUGGUCAGAUAUUGAGAUGGUCAGAGAAAAAUCUGGAUAUUAUUUUACUAAUUAUGUAUUAGAAGUGACUCAUAUUGAUUCUAAUAACGAAGAAUUUCGGAAGCAAUGGUCUCAGAUUUUUGAGACAGAAUACUCUGACUUAAUUUUGAAAAUUGAACAUGAAUUUAUAAUUAAAUACUUAGAAUACAAGCAAACUAAAUAUAAUGACGGUCACAACGAAAAAAUUAAAAUUGUUAAACCAAAAUUAAAAAUAGAUUAUGACGAAUUGAAAACGGAAGUGGAGGAUAUUGUGAGCGAAAUUCUUCCAAAAAAUAAAAUCGGGAUUAAUUUGAAACAAGACAAAGUUAUCUUAUUUUCGCAAGAUCACCGAAAAGCUUCUAUAGCUAAAAAUAUAUUUUUUAAAGUUUACGUUGAUGAUGUUUUUGUGUGUGAAUCAGAAGUAUAUGAAAGUAAAAGCGGUCAAUGGGAUGUUAAUUUCGAAGAAUGUUUAUCUAUUGAGAUUUUACCGCAGAAUAAUAAUUUAAGGAUAGUUUUAUUUGAAAAUGAUGAAGAUGUAUCUUCUUUAAUUAUAAAUUUGUCUGAUAUUAAAAAGAAUACUAACGAAUCAAACUUUGUAAGUAAAGAAUUUUAUUAUAAUAAAGUUGUAGAACCCACUUCUAAAAAAAUUGGUUGUGGAUACAACAUAAAAGAUAUUUGCUUAAAGAAUAAAGCUAGAUUAAAAUCAAGCAAUUUGUUUGUUGGAAAGUUGGUAACUAGAUGUGAAGUCAAUAUUAAAUUAGGAUGGAAUGAAAAAUUAAAUAAUAACGAGUUCGAAUCGGUAAAAUCAUGUAUGAAAACAGGGCGUCAAUUGCAACGACUUAAGAGCUCGAAGGACCAACCAAAUAUAGAUGUUAUAACAGAAAUAAUAAAUGACUUAUAUGAAAACAAAGUGGAAGAUAACGAAAAUGUUAUGAAUACGCUUAAAAAUAUCUGCAAAGGAACUGUCAAAAAGAACGAGACCUUUAAAUUUAAUGAAGAUGAUAUGGACAUGGCCAGAUAUAAAUUAUUACAUUUAAGAAAUAGUGGCGGAUUCGCUGAUAUACAAAACAAAACUAUUCCAUUGUUACCUAGUCAGAUAUCUACGGAACAAUUAGACUGUUUACAAAAAAGCAAUCAAAAAGACGUGGAGAAUCUUAAUUUGAAAAAUAACCUAGAAAUGGAAUCAAUUGAUUUGCAAAGAUUUAUUGGAGUAAAAUAUGUGGAAAAUUUAAAUAGAAAUUUAAUGAAAAAUAUAAAUGAGUGUCUUCUGAAGAAAACAUAUAAAGAUGUAGUGAGAGAUUUCGCCGAUGUGAGUUUCGGGGUUUGUUUAAAUAGAGCCGAAGAAACUUUAAAUACGUCAUCACAUAAACAACAGAAUCUUCUGAAACAACAGCUGUCGAAGGAACAUGAAAUACACAUAACAGUGUUGAGGGCAUUCAAUUUAUCUGAUAGAAACACGCAAGCAUUUUUGAUGGAACAAAAUAGUGAAGAUGAAAAUAUAGCAGGUUUCAAAGUACAUCCACUAAGACCAUUUGUGCGUAUGAGCUAUCAUGGCGUGUCCACACAAACUGCUACAGCCAUCGGAUGUCACCCAACCUGGAAUCAUACUGUUAAAAUUAAGACUAAAUUUGAGCCUUUGUCUUCUAUUCAAAUAAAUAUUUACGACGAAUGUAAGGAUAAUACGAAUGAAUCGUAUUCUGACGAUCCAUCCACACAAAGUACCGUGUACUAUAGGAAAUGUAACAAAUGGUUGGGGACACUCAAAGUGCCUCUACAUACUGUAUUGACGUUGGGAAGUAUCCGUGGUACAUUCAAAAUUGCGACACCUCCAUUAAUAUUUGGUUACGAAAAUAUAGCGCCAAAAGAACCCCAAUCUUUUAUUCCCGAAGUAUCACAGCUUUUCAAGAAAGAUACUCCUUUAAUAGUUCUUCAAAUAACCACAAGUAUUUCACACUUUGGAGGAUUUAGAAACUACUAUCAACCGAUAUCCAAUGAUCCUAAAGACAAUUUAAUACGGCAUUUAAACGAACUUGUGUCGGGAUAUGUUAAUGAAUUUCCAACUAGGAAUAUUUCUUUAACUUUCAUAGACAGUUCUGGGAAAAAUAAAUGUGUUUCUGAAUUCCUUCAGCCAAUACCUUUGCCUGAUUACGAAUAUUUUCCGAUUAAUCCAAGAAAAGCUGAAUCUGCUGUGUCUAAGAGUUCAGGACAUUCUAAAAGCUCGUCAUCGAGAAGCAGUAGAAAGAAGAGUUCUAUUACAGAAGAAUCAUUAAGUGGUUUUGAAGUUUAUAAGAAUGAAGGAAACCAGUUUGUUAAAAAUAUGGAAGCAGCGAUACGAUAUGUGUCUCUGAUACCAACGUAUGAGGUUUCGGAGAACCAUAUCGUGACUUUAAUGGGAGUGGAACUACUUAAAGUAUUAUACGGAUCGCCAUUAGACCACACAAUAUUACUGGCCAGUUACUUUCUAAAUUUGGGUAUAAGAUGCUGGAUUAUUAUAGGAUUUGGAUUACCUCGAGGUUUCAGCAGUUAUGUUCUGGUGAAAUACCAGAAUAAUAAAAUAGUGAUGUGUCACAAUGAAGUCAAAAGUAGAGGAUUCUUAAAUAAAUCGGAAGACUCCAGUUGGUACAUUUAUGACGCAGUCGCCGGUGAGAGGUUCGAACUGAGAGACGUGGGAUGUCCCCUGAAAACCGUUAGCUACGUCUUUGAUUGCGAAAAUAUUUGGGUGAACGGUCAAACUUCGGAGGACUGUGAAAGUGUUGCAUUUGACUUCUCCAAAUCUUCUGAUUGGCAAACUGUGUUCGAUAAACCCUUGUUGGCAUCUAAACCAACGUUGAUUGAAAGCCUGUAUAGCAAACCAGAAGAAAUGGAAAAAUUGCGUCUUAAUCUAGAAACAAAAGUUAAAAAUAAAGUUCAAAAAUGGCGAUCUCACGUAAAAACUAUUUGGAAUAGAUAUUGCAGCAGUUUGCUUCGGGAAAUGCUUCCACACUACGAGUAUUGGGCAUUCAAUCCGACCGAGCCUCGACCAAAUCUUGGACAUCGGUUAAAACAACUUAUGGCUACUUACAAGAUUUUCGGGUUCCCACUCAACAUGACAUAUUUAAACACAAAAUUGAUAUUAUCGGGUAUAAAAUCCACGGCAAUACAUGUGAACGACGACCCCAAUGUGGAAUUUGGCCUGGGUGUUGAAGUGUACGCCUACCCUAAUAAUGUUUUAAGUGUAUGGGUGUUUUUAGCAAGUGUUACCAGGAUU